GCGGCCACUGACGACGAGGGGCAACUCCGCAAGAGACACGCACCAUUUCAAGUUGUGGAAGCCGGAGAGAGGCCAUUGCAUUAGGCACACCGCCAUCCAGUUCAUCCUUUACGUACAGUAACAGCAAGACAGAGAACAGGACACGCCGUACGUCGGAGGGCAAUACUAGGUAGCUGUGCUGCCUGACCCCAAUCCCAGCGACCAUACAAUCCCCAGUCACUACAAGACGCCGCAGUCUCGCUUACUACUACUAGUAGCACUUCAUUGACUACUAUCGCACUGCAUUCCUCGUCUGUCUUCCCAUCGAUCAAUCCCCCCCAUUCCGCCUAUGUUUUGAUUCCUUUGCAAAACCAUACUCGUAUACGACUCCGCCGCAAUGUUCGGCAUCAUAGCAGACCUCAUCGCAUCUGUAACAUCGAUCCUUCUACCAGCUUACCUGUCCUACAAAGCGCUGCGGACCAACGAUGCAGCCCAAACGCACCCAUGGCUAAUCUACUUCACCAUUCUGUCACUAACACUCCUCUUCGAAUCAUGGACUCUAUUCAUCAUCGGCUGGGUUCCGUUCUACUCAUGGAUCCGCCUGAUUUUUUUGCUCUAUCUUGUCCUCCCACAGACCCAGGGCGCCAAAGUCCUAUAUCUCGACUACCUGGAGCCAUACAUCGUGCACCACGAGACGCGGAUUGACAGGUUCAUCGGCGAGGCACAUGAGCGACUUCAACAGAUGGGACUGGGGUAUUUGAACAUUGUGAUUGAAUUCCUUCGAGACAAGGUGCUCGGUCAAAAGAGUCCACAACAGCAGCAGCAACAACAACAACAAACGACAGGCAGUACUAGCUAUGCAGGCUAUGCACAAGAUCUGCUCUCCCGCUUUGCCAUGCCAGGUGCACGAACAAAUGCCCCCACUCAACCCGGCACCACGUCCGCCGGUGUUUAUAGCAUGGUGUCGAACCUGGCCGGCGCAGCUUUUGCGGCCCGCUCCGCGCCUUCUGAAGAACCAGCAACAUCUAUCCCACCGUCUCUGUUUCAAGACAUUCCUGCCGGCGGCAGCUCGGCCGAGAAAUCAAACUACAUCUCGGCCCAGCGUGAACGACUGCUCAAUCUGCUCAAGGCUCUUGACAAGGAGCAACAGAACAUUGAUCUGGCCUAUGGGGGUGGUGGUGGUGCCCCGCAAACUCACAGCCGGUCCUUGAGCUCCGGCUCGGCUUCCGCGUCCGGCUUGAAGAACAAAUCUAUGAGUGAGCAGUCUUUUGAAAAUGUCGACUACGACGAUGCAAGACACCCUACUAUCAGUGGCAGUAGUAGUUCCUCAACCUCCAGUCCGGCAGCUAGUCCGCCCAAGGCCGGAGGUCGAAGAACAACUAGUGGCGGCUGGAUUCCUACCGGCGUGGCUGGCUGGUUUGGCGGAAGUGGUAGUGGAGACGUCCACAAAGAAAAAGACGGCGAUGAUUUGUCCCAGAGGGCUUCCAAGGGUUGGGCCGCUGCCAGGGACAUCACUGAGGAAUUGGCACGCGGCACGAGCAGUGGCGUCGAUACCGGCAGAUGAUGAAUGUGCGGCACCAUCGGAACAUGGGCGCCAUGUUCAAGUUUCUGCCCGAUAGCCACUUUACAGUAUAGCUACUGUCCUAUGUCCGCCUACUGGUACUAGGGACAAGUGUAUGACUAAAAGUCGGUGACCUGUUCGCGCAGAUCUCAACGAGGCCAGACUAUUUAGGGCCAGCCAAAGUUGUUCAAUUCCUCGAGCAUAUAAAAUAUCAGGUCAAGUCCACAUCAUAUCCGGCCCCACUAUCAGUCAGAGGUCCUUAUGAUGAUGAUGAUGACGACGCCGAACAUAUCGAUUGCCUCCCACCCCUGAUGUGGUGUCUGCAUUCCAGAAAAACAAAAUCCAUGCCACAGUCAUGUAAUCGUAUCUCCAAAAUACCUAUACAUUCCAGCUG